ACGCAUUAGUGAGUCCAUGCCUGGUAUGUUCAUUAAGAAAUUCUUUAGUGGAUUGGGGCUUUUGCAUAAUGACAAUCCUGCCCUUUUCUCAGAUUUUACUCACUAAGAUCUUUGAACAUUUUCUUCUCAUUACACUCACAGGUUAGGUUUGUGACUUUGGGGUUUUAUUUAAUUUUCUAAAUUUUAAGCAAAUAUUAUAUUUCAAAAAUUAUAAAAUCGAUAUGGAUUCUUCUUCUCUUCUGCCGGAGGGAUUCUCUGAGCUUGAUAUUUUUGCACUGGGAUCAUGCCUGCUUGUGGAGGGUAUCCUUGGGUUUUUCAUGAACGCUGUCACCGUUGUUGCAUUCCUUACAAUCAGAGAUUUGCGGACUCCGAGUAACUUCCUGGUUUUCAGUUUGGCUUUAGCAGAUAUGGGCAUUUCUACAAACGCAACCAUUGCUGCUUUCUCAAGCUUUUUGCGAUACUGGCCUUAUGGAUCUGAAGGUUGCCAGACCCAUGGCUUUCAAGGAUUCCUAACUGCCCUCUCUAGCAUCCAUUUCAUUGCAGCUAUUGCUUGGGACAGAUACCACCAAUACUGUACCAAAACAAAGUUGCAGUGGAGCAGUGCCAUCACCAUAGCUAUUUUCAUCUGGCUAUUUACUGCAUUCUGGGCAGCUAUGCCUCUGAUUGGUUGGGGAGAGUAUGACUAUGAGCCAUUACGCACCUGCUGUACUCUGGACUUAAGCAAAGGAGAUAGGAACUAUGUCACCUAUCUGAUUCCAAUGGCCAUUUGUAACAUGGGAGUUCAGGUGCUUAUUGUAUUCCUCUCAUACCAAUCCAUUGGCAAGAAAUUCAAAAAGACUGGCCAACAAAAGUUCAACUGUAGCACUCCUUUAAAGACCCUGCUAUUCUGCUGGUUCCCUUACGGUAUCCUCGCUUUUUAUGCUGCUGUGCAAGAUGCGAAUGCUUUGUCACCUAAACUGAGAAUGAUUGCUCCUAUCGUGGCUAAGACAUCUCCAACAUUCAAUGUCUUUGUUUAUGCACUCGGAAAUGAGAAUUACAGAGGAGGGAUCUGGCAGUUGCUCACAGGACAAACGAUUGAACCUCCUGCUACUGAAACUAAGUUUAAAUAAACCAAGCAUAUUAUAAUAACUCAUACAGAGAACUAAGUCUAUCCUGAGAACAUUUGGCAGUUUUAUUUCCUCCAAGAAAUAAUAUCAUGAAGCUGCAGGCUGUAAACCUUCUUUACCAUGACAUAAUGUCCAUAUUAAACUUAAAAAUAGAAUUAUAUACAGUAAGUGUAUUUCCAUUUCUCAUGAUUAAGACCUAUUCGACAGGAGAUGAUUAUGCACAACAGUUAUGCUUUUUAUCCUGCACAUCUCACUUCCUCUUACAUAGGUUCACACAGUCUAUAUCUUUACCUAUUAACAUAUAUGAAAGUGAUACACUUUAUGGCUAAAUAGUAUCUGGAGACCUGAAUAUCAAAUUAAUAUGUGGAUCUUUUCUAAACUAUGACACAAAUUAAAACCACACAAUUGUUUAGAAUGUUCAACAUGAACAGACCCAAACCUGAAAAGAUCCAUAACCUUGACUUACUAAGGUUGGUAUGAAAGACCAUGAGUGGCAUGAACAAAACCCGGGUGUCAACCCCACUGAACACCUUUGGAAUGACCUGGAAAGCAGAUUGCAUAAUCUUCCUUCUUUCCCCACAUUAGUACCAUUGAACUCAUUAUUGCUUUUAUUGCUGGUUGCCACAGCCACUGCCAAGAGAAUGCAGGUUUUGGCAGUGGCUGUGGUAACCAGAAUGCAGCCAAGAAAGGACUGCAUAUUAAUGCCCAGGGUUUUGGAAUGGGAUGUGCCACAAGUAUAUAGUACAUGUGUAUGAUGGUAAGGUAUCCACACACCUUUGGCCAAAUAGUGUAAAGGCGUAGGAGCAUAAAAGUUUUAAAUCUACUUUUUUAGCAUUGUCACUGUUCCCAUUCAGUCUCAUAAAUAGUGUUCUUUUAUCUAUUACAUGGUAUGCAAUGAGAUUGUUGCUGCAUUUUAAUUACUAAACUUAACCAAAACAACUUAAAGAUCACUUUAUACUUUAUACUUCAGGUAAGUUUAGAAAUUUAAAGUACAGUAAAUACAUAAUUUAACUAUUGAAGUAAACUAGUCAGAGAUACUCACAGAGACAGUUGUUCUAGACAAUUUAUUUUUCAUAAUUAUAGGAAAAUUAUAAUAGCACAACAGAUCAAUUAAGUUGUCUCUGUUAUUAUCUGUAUUAUGGUCAUUUUAUUUUGUAGCUACUAACAUGCACUGUGAUGUAAUUUAGAGAAUUAUUAAAUCAUAUUAAUGCUAGAGAUUUAGGAAGAGAGAGAAAGAGACUAAAAGUAAGAGUUUGAAAAACAUGCGAAACUUUCGUUUAUAAUAUUUUGUUGCCUUGGAAGUUCCAAAGCUUUACAUACAGUAUGUUGUUAAGACUUAUCACUGUCUUCUGUAUUAAUUAUUGAGAAGUAUGUUAGUAAUGCCAUAUCUAUAUCUUCUAUAUUAUUAAUAUUAUAUGUCUGCAUCAUAUAAUAAAUGUUUCAACCUUUCUCUAAAUCA